AUGGCAUUCAAACGCAUAUCACCACUUACUCUUGAUGGCUUGUCGAAAUAUUUUUCAUUCGGCUAUCAUCGCUUAAUUGAACAUGCCGUAUAUACAUUUGGGGAACUCAAUGUGGCUGAUCGACUUGUCAAUGCAAAAUCCGAUCAAGGUAUGACAGUUCAAGAGAUCAUAGGUGAUAAUUCACUAAACUGGAAUGCAGAUAUGCUUUAUCGUAUAUUACGCUCAUGUGCUGAUGCUGGCAUCGUUGAAAAAGUUAACGAUGACAAACAUUUUGUGCUGACCCAAUCUGGACGAAUGCUCACAUCCGGUCAUCCAUCACAUGCUCGCGAUUUCCUUCUUUACGCCCUGGGACCAUUAGUUACUAGUGCCGCUAAUCAGUUACCAGACAUCGUGCGUAAUCAAGGUACAGGUUCAGGAAUAGUUCGCGUUACAAAUGGUUUGAAUUUAUACCAAUUUCUCUCUCAACCUAAUCAAAAACACCUAUCCGAUAUAUUUAGCGGUGCUAUGGCAGCAGUAUCAAUUUCCAGUGGUAAAAGUUUAGUGGAAAAUGUUGAUUUCGAUCGGUUCACAACGUUGAUUGAUAUUGGUGGUGGUUCUGGAGCAUAUCUAGCUCAAAUCCUAGAACAUUAUCCAUCUAUUGAACAGGGAAUCGUACUCGAUUUGCCACAUGUCAUUAAUCAAACGACCAAUAGUGAAGAGUUCAAAUCACGCAUGAUUCCAGACGAUAAAUAUAAAUUUGUCAUCGGUAACAUGUUCGAUUCUUCAACGAUUCCGUCUGCAGAUGCAUAUAUACUCAAAAAUAUUUUACACAAUUAUGAUGACGAAAAAGUCGUGGCUAUUUUAUCGUCUAUUCGAGAGGCGAGUUUGAGUCGUAUUGAACGACAUCCCGUGAAUGUGUUCAUUGCAGAAUUUAUCAUUUUGCCUGAUGGAGCCCUGAGUAAUUGGCAAUCACACGCACUCGAUAUAGUGAUGGGGUUUCUUUGUGAAGGAGCUCGUGAGAGAACCCAAGAGGAAUUCGAGAAGCUUCUUGAAAAAGCUGGGUUCAAAUUGAAAAAGGUGUAUCCGAUUCAGGCACCAGAAUCGAUCAUUGAGGCUGUACUUAUGAACUAA